UCUGGAAUUCUGGACUUCUUUCCCUUUCACAUACUUACCAACUACUAACUCCAAGUUUCCAAUACUCUGCUGCUCUGCCUCUCUCACUGCCACCGACGUCGAAGUGUAUCGAGGUAGGACUAGAAGUGCAGAGAAGUAGAGAGAUGGCUGUGAACCAGCAUAGAUUCUGUAAUUCAAGGGUUUUAAAGCUAACUUUAGGGUUCAUCGCAGUCUCUAUUGCUGCCUACAUUGUUGGACCCCCUCUUUAUUGGCACUUCUUAGAAGGCACAGCACCUGCUUCUCUCUCCUCUUCUUCUUCUUUAUCAUCAUCUUCUUCUUCUUCUUCUUCUUCCAAUCCCGCUAAUUGUCCUCCAUGCUCUUGUAAUUGCAAUUCUUCGCCUCUCAUCACUAUUCCCGAAGGGUUGAGCAAUAUCUCUUUUACAGAUUGUUCAAAGCAUGAUCCAGGGGUCAGCGAAGACACUGAGAAGAAUUUUGCUGAACUGUUAGCUGAGGAAUUGAAAUUGCGGGAAACUGAAGCUGCAGAAAAUCAGAAGCGUGCUGAUAUGGCUUUGCUUGAAGCUAAAAAGAUUACUUCCCAGUAUCAAAAGGAGGCAGACAAGUGCAAUUCUGGAAUGGAAACCUGCGAAGAAGCCAGGGAGAAGGCUGAAGCAUCUUUGGUGGCACAGAAGAAAUUGACUUCAAUGUGGGAACAGCGGGCUCGCCAGAGAGGAUGGAAGGAUGGAGUUGCUAAAACCGGUGCCCAACAACAGGGAAAUGUGCAGUCUGUAUAAUAUAGAAGUUCACAUAUGGUAGUCUAUCAGAAUAUUACACCUGAAUUUUUCUUCACAAAUACUCGUGUGCAGCCAAAAAGUAGUCUCUCAUUCAAGGCGACGUGAUCAUUAAAAACUGCUAGCUCCUUGUUGCUUAAAAUCACCAACUAUUGAGGAGAAGGCACUCAUGGCUGGAGCUUGGAUGGUGGUCUACACGUUCAGGAACACCAGAUGUGCGUCAUUGCUUCUUUUAAGAUUUUUCUAGUAAACGUAAGGAGCAGAUUAACUUUAGCCUGGUGAAAACUACAAUUUUGGUACGUUUCAAGUAAAACUUCCGUUUCUUUUCUUUUGUCCAGUAAUUCUAAUCAAGGAGCAGAUCAAUUUAAGUUGUAAACAAUGGGUGUUACGAUUUGAGUAAAUAUUUGAGGUACUUGCAUUAUGAA